AUGAGACCGACAACGAUACUGCAGGGCGCCCGCUCUGUGUGGAAGGGUCCACACAUUGUCCCAUUGCCCAUCGUUCGUCCCAAGCCCGGCGAGCGUGCCCCUCCGAUCAAGACACAGGCACGCGGUGCCACCAUCCUGCCCAACUUCGUUGGCUUGAUUUUCCAGGUCCACAACGGCAAAAUCUACAACGAUGUCAGAAUCACCGAGGACAUGGUCGGUCACAAGCUUGGAGAGUUCUCAGCGACGAGAAAGCGCUUCACCUACAAACACUCCAAGAACAAGUAA